AUGAUCUUUAAGAAGGCCGUUCCAGAAGCAUUCAGAGGAACAAUGUCAAAAACAAAAGUAACCGCUAAAGAGUUCCUUCAGGACAUUGAAAAAAGGUUUGUCAAGAACGAAAAGAUUGAAAUUAGUACGCUCUUGACACGCUUAGUUUCAAUGAAAUAUAGUGGUAAAGACAAUAUCAGAGAGUACAUUAUGGAAAUGUCUCAUCUUGCUUUAAAAUUAAAUGUACUUAAAUUGACACUCUCUGAAGAGUUACUAGUGUAUUUGAUUUUAAUAUCUCUUCCUACACAGUUUAACCAGUUUAAGGGUUGCCUGAAUUGCCGUAAGGCUAAUGAUAAUGAAAGAUAUAUCUACGUGGGUGUCAUUGAUCUUGUUCAGAAUCCUAUUCUCGAAUUUGAUCAUGACAUGAUAAAUCAAGACAAUGUCGAAGAACAAACUGUUAUAGAAGAACAAAGUUUUCCUCUUCAAGAACCAGUGCCAUUAAGAAGAUCCACUAGAGAAAUGAGAAGUGCAGUGCCAGAUGAUUAUACUCCCUCCGUCCCAAAAUUUGGCAACAAUAUUGAUCUAUUGCAUGAAACCAAGAAAUUUCUAACUAAAAAUUUUGAGAUGAAAGAUCUUGGUGAUGCAUCUUUUGUGUUGUCAUUUGUCUAUGCCAAGUGCACCAGAGUGGCGAGGCGCCCGCUCUGGGAGGCUCUGGAAGGGAUAGGGGAACCAAUGAGCCACCCGUGGAUGGUGCUAGGGGAUUUCAACGUGGUCGCCUCAGCUGACGAGAGAACUGGGGAAUCCCCACCCAACGUACGUAAUAUGGAGGAAUUUAACAAUUCAAUGUUUCGUUGUGGAUUGUCUGCAAUGGAUUUUGACGGCCUGCCUUUCUCCUGGACAAAUGGAACACUGUGGCAAAGACUGGAUCGUGCAUUGAUCAACGGUAGAUGGUUGUCGGUUUACCCGGUGUCUAGGCUCUCGCACCUGCCCAGGGGGUGCUCUGACCACACCCCGUUACUGGUCAAGUGUGCCCCGGAUUCGGGCACUCGCUAUUCGUCCUUCAAAUUCCUCAACGUUUGGGCCCGUCACCCGCACUUUCUAGCAGUGGUUAAUGUGGCUUGGGAGACGGUUGUACCAAGGGUAGGUAUGGCACGGUUUUUUAGAAAACUGAUCCAGGUGAAGAAAAGGUUGCGACAAUGGAAUCGAGAGACAUUUAGGGACAUUUCCUCCCGAGUUAAGGAGGCAGAGGGCAAUUACAAAAAGUGCGAAGAGGACUAUGAUAGGAGCCGGGAUGCCACCAGUAGGACCCUUCUCAGUGAGGCUAAAGCGGCAUAUACUAGGGAGUUGGCCAUCGAGUGUGAGUUUUGGAGACAAAAAUCAGCCGUUAAGUGGCUUUGCGAGGGAGAUGCUAACACGGCUUUUUUCCACUCAGUGGUCCGUCAGCGAAGGAGCUCCAAUUUUAUUUCUAGGAUAAAGGAUGCGGAGGGUCGUUGGUGUGCCACUGGGCAACAGAUUAAGGAAUCUGCGACGGAUUUCUUCGCCAGCUUAUUUACCUCGGAGUCGGCCUUUAGGGGAAGGUUCCCUGCUCUUCCUUUUGAGGUGCUUAAGGUGGAUGGUGCGUGUAACGAUAAGUUAAUGGAGAUACCGUCAGCGAAGGAAGUCCGGGAUAUGGUUUUCUCAAUGGAGGUGAACAGCGCUCCAGGCCCGGACGGUUUCGGAGUGGGUUUCUACCAAACGUGUUGGCAGAUAAUUCAGGAUGACUUGGUGGCUGCGGUCCAGGAUUUCUUUCGGGGGUCGGCCAACCAAGGGACGGGUUGCGUUCCAGGACGGGGUAUUGCUGACAACAUUUUGUUAGCUCAAGAGCUGGCACUAGACUUGGAUAGGCGGCUGAAGGAGCCAAACCUGCUGCUCAAAUUGGACAUGGAAAAGGCAUACGACCGGGUGGAGUGGCCUUUCUUGCUCUUCAUGCUUCGACAAUUUGGAUUGAAUGAACAGGUGGUUGACUUGUGCUUCAGGACUUUCUCAAAUUCAUGGUUUUUGGUAUUGGUCAACGGCGAGCCGACAGGGUAUUUCAAAUCGUCUCGGGGGGUACGGCAGGGGGAUCCUCUAUCGCCUGCCCUUUUCUUAUUUGUGGCUGAGUUUUUAGGUCGGGGGAUUCACAACCUUUUCCUAGCUAAGGAGCGUAGGUUCUUUAUAUCGGCUGGAUCGCGAGUACCUUAUUUGGCCUUUGCAGAUGAUAUCCUAAUCUUCACACGGUGCUCUUCUAACGCUCUGACCGCGAUUAAGUCUUUCUUGGAACAAUACCAAACUUGGUCAGGUCAGAAAGUAAAUAUUGGUAAGAGUUCAUUCACUCCCGUGUCUGGGACAUCAACAGAGCAGUUUGCGCUGGUACAGUCCAUUCUUGGCUUUCGUGAGCUUAGUUUGCCUAUCGGAUACCUAGGGGUACCAUUGGUGAAGGGCAGAAUCAGUUGUGUAAUCUUUGAUGGGCUACUAGCAAAACUUAGACAGAGACUCUACCACUGGAGCUCUAAGCUCCUCUCCAUGGGGGGAAAAAUAACCCUUAUCCGCCAUGUGCUUAAUUCAAUUCCGCUACAUUUGCUCCAAGUGCUGCGGCCCCCUAAAGCGGUCGUUGCUGCGCUGGGAAGAAUCUGCAACGCAUUUCUAUGGGAUCACUCCACGACUGAAAAGCGAGUGCACUGGGCAGCCUGGGAGAAAGUCUGCUUUCCAGUGGGAGAAGGAGGUUUGGGCUUUCGGUCAUUCGAUGUUGUGCUAAGGCAUUUGCUUGCAAGUUAUGGUGGAAGCUUCGGAAGAAAGACUCGGCAUGGGCGGAAUUCAUGCAUUACAAAUAUAUUAAGGGUGGCCAUCCGGCACUAG